AUGGGGGAGGGGCUCGGCAGGCUGAGAGAAGUCGUCGAGUCCUUUGAAAUGGGCGGGCCGAACCCCAAGUUUGUGGAGUCACUGCGAAGGCAGGAGAAGCUCAAGCUCGCUGGCACCCGAGGCUUCGACCUGCCUGGCAUCCGAGGCCGCGACCUGCCUCCCAGCACUCCUGCUGAUCCGUAUGGUCCGCCGCCUUUUGAGUGGGAGAGUGCGAUGUGCUUGAUGGGUGCAGGCAAUCGAGCCGUGGUAUCUACGUAUGGGAUCAUGCGGGGCCUGCACAAGAAGGGAAAGCUCAACCACUUUGACGGCAUCGUUGGAAUCUCCGGUGGCUUCUGGGCGUUGUCCGCCUACACCUUUGGUCUCGCCGACUUGACCGCUGACGGCGACGCCGAGGACUUGCUGCUGGACGUCAGCCGCGAUUGGAAGCCGGAGGCCAUCGCAGACCUCGAUGUGCUUGAGAAGGAGUCGAUGGGUUUUGCCACCACGCUACCCUUCGGCCUGCGCGAGAUCUGCGAGCUCCCCUUCUACAGCUGUGCAGAGUGCCUCAAGGCGGUUGGCCUUCCCGUGCCGGGCUGCCACGCCUUCUGGCAAGAAUCGGUGUACCGCACGUACCUCAAGACUUACGGCAUCCCCAAAGGCCGCUUCCUCGCCUCGAGCGAGGCCGAGGCCGAACGCAUCGUGUCCGGGCGGCCCGACCUCAAAAAGUCCGAUUUUCUGUGGCCGCGCCGCUGCGGCAAGACGCAAGACAACCCCUCUGGAGAGCACCGGAAGCCCGAGCCGAUGGCUCUGUACGCGAGCAUCAUGCCGACGGGGCUCAGCAACGCCAAUGGGCUCGGUGCGCUGAGCGAGCAGCAGGUGAAGGCGGCCAAGGGCGGGCUCGCCGACGCCAUUACCGCCCGGGAGGAGUACAAUGGGGUGACCACAGUUCCCUUCUUUGCCACGCCGACCGCCGCCGGCACGCGGUACGAGGCUGUGUACGUCGACGGUCGGAUGGCGCCGCAGGGGCCGCCCGAGAUGCGCUUCUUGAAGUGCCAGGCCAACACCGGAUGCAAGCCCCCCGCGCCGAUUCGGUUCAACAAGGUGCACCACCCUCCUCACGAAGCGCUCGUCGACCCUCCCGGGUGCUGCCCGCCGUGCCAGAGGGGCUGCUGCCCGCUCGAGCCCAGCUCAGAGAGGCUGACGCUCGAGACGGUGGCGUCGAACGCCACCCAGUUUCUGGUCAUGGGCAUCAACGAUUCGAAUGCCUGCAUGCGAUGCGUUCUCAAUCCGCUCCUCAACCUCAUCACCGGCAGGCUCGACAUGAAGACUGCGCCCGAGGACGCCCUCCUGGCCGAGGGCGUGCGCAGCCAGGCGAUGCUGGACUUUGUCGACGGCGGCGUAAUGGACACGCAGGGCGUCACCGCCGCCAUCGCGGCGGGCUCCGCCAAGAAGAUUCUGCUGAUGUGCACUCCUCAAUUUCCCUUCAAGCCGCCGCCAAAGACCAUGCUCGACGACGCGCGUGCCAAAGUCCCGAUUGGGGGCGACCCCAUGUCCGUCGACGCCGUGAAGGCGACGCGGAAGGCCGUCAUGGAUGCGCUCGGCGACUGGGUCGACUGUCUAGACCCGGACGGGAUGCCCGUGCUGAACGAGUCUCUGUCCGCGCUCUUUGGAAUCUACCCGGAGAAGGCGGCGGACCGGCAGGGUGGCAGGUCUGUCCCGGGCGGGCUGACCCUGUACACCACGGCGCAAGUGCUCGACUCCGCCUGGUUUCCGGAGCUGCUCGGCCAGUUCAAGGAGCUGUACGACGCGGGGCGGCCGCUCGUUGCCACGGUCUCCGACAUCCAGGUGGUCAGCAACCCGUUCCACGGCACCUCGGCAGUCAACCCCGACGGCACGCCCCACAAGAUCGACCUGACCGUCUUUAUGUACAACCUGCCGGGCGAGCACGGCGCGUACGAGGUGAAGGCGGACGGCUCCCUGGGCGAAUGGGUGCAGGAUGCAGAGUACGUCCCCGGGUCGUGGGCGGACCGCGUGCCGCCCGAUGUCCUGAGCAAAGCCGGCGAUAACUUCCCCUACCUGGCCGUCACGCUUGAGAACUUUUCGUGCGACACCGGCUUCUUCAUCGAGGCGUACCGCAAGGAGCAGGUGAAUUUGUACGGCUACCUCGGCGACUUUAUGGUGCACGACUCGUGGGACGAGGUGCUGGGGCCAUUCUUGGAGGACCUGUGA